CACAGCUACGAAUACUUUUAAAAACGGUCAACAACUUUAAGGUAACACUCAUCGUUGGUAGUGUGUGGUGAAAAUCCGUCGCGAGCGGCAGACAAUGUCAAGACAAGACGAGCGAACUAGCCAAGCAAGUCAAUCAGCCAACCAGCAACCAGAGCAGUGAAAAUGAAAUUGCAAAAUUCGGUGAAAAAUCAAAAUGAAGCAAAAAAUAAAUAGAGCAAGUGUUUGGAAAACGGAGAAAAAUAUUGAAAAAAUGUAUUGGAGAAUUUAAAUAUUCGCUUAAAACACAAGAAUAGAUAGCAUAUUCCCAGAGAAUUGUUCGUAAGUCUGCUGCGCGGUGCUGAGCUACACAAAAAUAAUAUAUAUUGCUGAUUUUUUCGCAGCUACUACUACCAAAGUUGUAUACAUACAUACAUAUAAUAUUACGACAGUAUUUUUCAAAAUUAUUUAGUACAUAUUUAAAAAUAUAUUGCUAUUAGAUUUUUAGUAUACAAUUUAUCACUGUAAAAGAAGUGAAAAGUGUAAACGUUAAACACGUUGUGAAAAAAAUAAAAGAAUAGCCUUAAAGCACUGAAAUAAAUCAAUAACGCUAUGUCAACGGAAAGCAAUACCCCGGUGGACCCCAGAGUGCAGGUUGAACUAGAGAAACUGAACACAGCAACAGACAAUAUCAACAAAUAUGAAGUGGAACUCGAUGAGGCAAAAUGUGAUUUCAAGCGCAUAUUGGCCGAGAGUGAGGUGCGCAUCAAACAGGCUGCACACAAAUUGGGUAACUCAAUUGAGGCGGCCAAGCCCUAUUACGAGUCGCGUAUCUAUGCAGCGCAAUUGGCCAAGGAAACACAACAAGCGGCGGUAAAUUACGAAAAAGCUAAAUCGAUACACAGCGCUGCCAAGGAAAUGGUAUAUUUGGCGGAACAGGGUUUGGGUGAAAAGGCAACACUGGAUACCGCCUGCCAAGAAAUGCUCAGUCAUGCCACCACCAGGGUGAAUCAAUCUCAGGUGGAUGUAACGGAUGCACGAAAUACUUUGAAAAUGUGUCAACUGAAGUUGGAAGUGGCCAACAAUCGAGUGGGCAAAUUACAGGGACAACUUAAGCAGGCUAUACGUGCGUCGAGUUUAAGCAUUAGACGAGACUUACUUGAAUUGAAUUCUUUGGUUUAUCAGCACCGUUGCAAUAUUCUGCCCUUCUACGAGGCGCGAGCUAACUACAAUGGCCUCUUAAAAGCACAAAAGCAAAAAAUUAAUGAACUAGAAAGCAAAGUCACCGAAGCCAAGAUGACUUACAAUGAGGCGCUGAAAAACCUCGAGCAGAUCUCUGAAGAUAUACACCGCCAGCGGCAGGAAAAACGUGAGCUGCUCAACGACACGCUCUUGGCAGAGCUACGCGUUGCAAGCAAUGCCGCAGCAGCAGUGCAAAAUUAUCAACACUUUCCGUGCGAUAUUGACGCACCGGACGAGUAUUUGCAAUUGCCCGCGAAACUUAGCACACAGUCCAGUCCAGUGCGACAACGCCGCUUCGACGAGCAUGAGUGCCCACAUUUGCUACAGGACUUUCCUACGCUCAACCUGAGAGAUAAACACCCAGGUGGCAGCAUGCACAAGUCGGCAAGUACGAGCGCUAGCGGCGACGGUCUCUUCGGGCACACCCCCCUACAUGGACCGUACGAGGUGAAGACGAGUGGCAAUAGUAGCGUCGCUGGCGGUGGCAGCGGUAGCGCACACGAUGCCAGCUCAAGCACCGGCGCCGAUGCAGAUGAGCAGGAUGACAUCGAGCAGUGGACUGAGAUACGCUUAUCGCACUCGGAGAGCACAAGUUCUAGUUACUCAAAUCAAUCGCUGCUACACGAUCAGCUAGGUGGCGCUGCAGAAGAUGCACAAUCGCAUCACUCCUCGUCAUCCUCAUCGGACGAGCCGAAGCGCAAAGUCACUUGCACGACGAUCUUCCAUGAAGAUCAGCUCAACAAGAAACAGAGCCUGAGCCAGUGGUUGUCGCGUUCGAACAGCCUGAAAAUGUCUGGACGACGUCAAAGUCUGGAUCUCCUAAUCGAUGCAGGUGACAAGGUGAAAGAUGUAUUUAGUUUCGGUUUCCAGAAGGUGGGGAAAACACUGGAGCGACGUAAUAGCGAAUCGGAGAUGAAUGCAGAGAACGCGGAGAGUGGAGGCAGUGCGGCGGCGGGUGCAACGAGCGUUGCCGGUGGUAAAACAACAUCGGCUGGUGAUUUUUUCCUCUUCUCCAGGUUAUCAGAGCCCAAAGAGCUGCUCUCCGAUGAGCAGGUCGAGAAUUUAUUAUUGAAUCCCAGCCUGGAUGAGAAUGGUGUGAUAAUUGUUGAACAACUUAAAUCGCCGUUACAGCAUUCAAAUCAAUUCGGAAUGGCUACCACACCGACAACCGCUACAACAACAACCACACUGCUAUUCUAAAUGGCGUUAUGAUUCAAAAUAUUUUUGUGCUAUACCUAGUUUACCAUUGAUUCGUAGGUACUUCGAUAAGUAGCGAGAGCUGAGAAAACAUAUCACACUAAUGAGAGAUAGAUGCUUGAAGAGAUUGUGCUAUGUACGAGUACUUAUUUAUACAAAAAAAAAGAGAUUAUUAUGAAGCUUGGAACUGAUUUUCUUAGGUGCAUUUAUAGUACGAGAAGAUUAAAUACAUACAUAUAUAAUAAAAAUUCUGCUUACAUUUUACUAUUAAGUACAUUUAAUUUUUUAACUCAACAUUUGCAAUAGUAGACGAAUUAAAAAUAAUAUUUUGUAUUUCAUGUAUGUCAACUAUAACCUAAUAAAGUUUGAAAACAGGUUUUUUGAAGUAAGAUAUGCAGAAAAGUUGUUGUAAAGAAUCCGCCAUAGCUGAGUUGUUGUUUCCUAAAAGCAUGAAGCGAUUUUAGAGGCGAUUAAUGGAAUCUAAUAGGGAAUUUACAUGAUUCAACUUUCACGGGCGAUUAGUUGAACCAAAAGUUGAACGAAAGUAGGCA